AUGUCUACUUGGCGAAAAAGAUUUUCAAGAAGAUCACAAAGAUUAAAUGAACCUAAUGAAAUUCUUUUAAAUAAUACAUUAAAAUAUCGUAAAAAAUUACAAACAGCAAUUACACAAAUAAAUCGAACGAAAAAAUCUUCACAACAAAAUCUCGAUAGUCCUGAUUCAUCAAUACAUGUUGCACGAUUGAUAAAUGAUAUUGGACAAUUGUCAGAUUGUAAAUCUCUUCAAGAAAUCAGUAGUCUAAUUGAUUCAUUAGCCAUGCGACAACAAUUAUCAUUACGAAUAUAUAAUGAAUAUGCAAUGAAUUCACUACAGCAAUCAUUACAAAAAUUAAAUAAUAAUCUUUCAAAUGAUUUUGAUAAAACAAAAUCUGUAUUUGAAGAAUCUAUUACAAAUCAUUGUUCUGAUCAUACAAAAAAACAAUUAUUCAAUAAAGUUCAAACUGAAUGGCAUAAACAUCAAAAAUUAGCUACAAGAGAAUUGAAACAUGGUUUAUCAUCUUAUUGUGAUAUUGGUUUGUAUAAUCUUCGAAUUCAAACAGCUAUACUUGAAAAACUUCAAAAUUUUAUUGAUGAAUUACCUCAUGAUGGAACUGAUACAAAUACAAGUCUACCAGAUUUUGCUAAUAGAAGUUCACAAGCACGAAAAGAUAUUGAUACAAUGCUACGUAUUAUGCUUGAUACAGCACCAAAUGAUUCAUCUUUACUACCUAAUGUAAAGCGACCAAAAUUCCUUACUAAUCAAUUACCUCUGUCAAGUACACUUUAUUCACCUGAAAUUACUGAAGCAGCUGCUCGUUCACAUGGACAAUCAUUACGACAACAAAAUGCACAAGUUAUUCCACAAUAUCCUUCGAUACCACCUCCUUCAGCAUCAGCAAUGGCUAGUGCUCAAACACCUCAACAUGAAUCAGUAAUGAUGACACCUAUUACUCCACAUAACAAUCAAUUUCAAAACUUAACCAAUGAUGAUCAUUUACCUUCAUAUACUGAUCUAUUCGUUGUACCAAGUAGUUGUAAACAGACACGUAUACAACGACGAAGUCCACGUAUAAACAGUUAA